AUGUUGAUCAUUUUCUUGAUCCUCCGCAAAUAUCUAAACUUUUUUACGAAGCCAUUUGCCAGAGAAAUUGAAGAAGAAAAAGAAGAGCCUCCGAUUAAAAAAUUGCCAUUCGAAGUUCUUGGAGCUAUUUUUGAAAAGGUAAGCUUUUAAAUGAUUUGUGAUAUUUCAAAUUGAAAUGUUUUUCAGCUUGAAUACGAUGAUGUUCAAAAUUUGAAAAACUCAUCAAAGUUUCUAUUCGACGCCCAUCAAUUAGAACGUCGGAUGAUUGCUGGUCCAAAAUAUGAUGCCAAUGUGUAUUAUAACAAAAAUAAGGAGCUUCGACUAGAAAUAACAAUUUUCGUUGAUGUUCCAUGGAUAAGAAUACUUCCAUUUAAAAGAACAAUUGAAUUGACAAGAAAUAUUCCAUUUGAUCAAUGGAAUUAUUAUUUCAAAAAUGCAAAUUGCAAAGAAUUAAGAAUGAUUGUUGAAGAAGAUGAAAUUCCAUUGGGAAUUUUGAAGAAAAUUAUUUGCUGUAAAUCGAUUGAGAAAUUAAUCUAUACCGGAAAAUCAAUCAAUCAGAUGUCUAUUGAUCUUCUUGCUGCAUAUAAUCCUCAGAGUUUUGAAAUUGUUCUUAAUCGUUGGAGUUUCAAAAUAUCGCAAUUGAUUAAUGUCAGCGAAACAUGGGUUUUGAUUAAAUGGCAAAAUAUUGAUGAUAUUUUUGAAGCAAUCAAAUUAACUUAUGAUACGAUUAUUAGUUUACAUCCGGAAAUUUAUGAAAAAAACGAGGAUUCUUUGAUGGUGAGUUUCAUAGCUAAAAAAAAGAAAAUACUGGGGGUAAAAAUAGCAAGUUUUGUUACAAAAAUCGACUUUUAGCCAGUUUGCUAAGCCUGGAAUUUGUUUGUUUAUAAUUAUACUAUUUUUCUAUUUUUCAGAAACUCAAGCCUAACAUUAAAUAUCAUCCUCACUUCUGUUUUCAUUUUGCAAACAAUAAGAAUACGAAUGAAGACAAAGUUCAAUCGCUCGCGUAUUUUUUGGAAAACAAUGUUUCAAAUGUUUAUGGAUGUUAUGUGGAAUGCAAAGUUGUCGAAGACGGAACAGGUCUUCAUUUUAUUUGUAGUGGUAUUCCUAUUGCUGACAGAGCUGAGGUUCGAUUUAUAAAUAAAAAGCUUCUUCAAUAUCAUAAGAUUUUUUUCAGCCAUUGAUACAACAAGAAGAGGAACAGUCUGCAGCUGUUAGGUUUGGGGGUUUUGUUGUCCUUUGUAUACUUCAGGCAAUUGCUGAAUGUUUUAUAAAGGCACUGUUCAAACUUUUUGUUAACUUUGUUAAAACAAUGCUCUAA